AUGGAGGAAGAGUUAAAAUGCCCCGUUUGCGGUUCUCUCUUCAAGGACCCCAUCCUGCUGCCGUGCUCCCACAAUGUCUGCCUGGCCUGUGCUCGGAACAUCACCGUCCAGACCCCGGAGGGAGAGACCCCGGUGCAGAGCCGAGCCUCGGGCAGCUCCGACUACGACUACCUGGACAUGGACAAGAUGAGUCUGUACAGCGAGACGGACAGCGGAUACGGCUCCUACACGCCGUGCCAGCUCAAGUCUCCAAACGGGGUGCGUGUGUUUCCGCCGGCCAACCAACCCCGACACUGCUCCCUCACCUGCCCGCUGUGCCACCGGAGCGUCUCCCUGGACGAGCGGGGUCUCCGGGGUUUCCCUCGGAACCGGCUGCUAGAGGCCAUCGUGUCGCGGUACCAGCAGGACCGCCGCGCAUCCGCGUCCUCUUCUUCUACCGCGGUGAAGUGCCAGCUGUGCGACCGCAACCCGGUGGACGCGGCGGUGAUGUGCGAGCAGUGCGACGUCUUCUACUGUAACGCCUGCCAGCAGCGAUGUCACCCGUCCCGCGGUCCGCUCGCCAAGCACCGCCUGGUGCCGCCGCAGCCGAACCGCGCGGCAGGAGUAGGUGCGGCAAGGGGAGGAGGCAGCAGCGGUCAGCUGCCGCCCGCUACCGCGCGGAAACCGGCCACCUGCGUGGAUCAUGAAGCGGAAAACUUCAACAUGUACUGCUACGGCUGCAAAACUCCGGUGUGUAUGAAGUGUUUGGAGGAGGGGAAACACGCCAAACACGAUGUCAAACCGCUGGCUGUUAUGUGGAAACAACACAAGUGCCAGAUCUCCCAGGCCCUGAACGCUGUUUCCGAAAAGGCUAAAGACGCCAAGGAGUUCCUGGUUCAGCUCAAGAACAUGCUUCAGCAGAUACAGGAGAACGGCGUGGAGUUCGAAGCUUGCCUCGUGGCCCAGUGUGACUCUCUGAUCGAGGCGCUCACAAGACAGAAAGCCAAACUCCUCACCAAAGUCACCAAGGAGAAGGAGUACAAGCUAAAGGUGGUGCGUGACCAGAUCACACACUGCACCAUGAAGCUACGUCAGACCACUGGCAUGAUGGAGUACUGCCUGGAAGUCCUCAAAGAGAACGAUCCCAGUGGAUUCCUCCAGAUCUCCGAUGCACUGAUCAAGCGGGUGACAUCGUCUCAGGACCAGUGGGUGAAAGGCGCCCUGGAGCCAAAAGUAGGCCCUGAGUUUGACCUCACCCUCAACACCGACUCGCUGCUCCAGACCAUCCUGCAGCUGGACUUCUGCCAGAGCAAAGUGGAGUCUGGACCCUCGGUGCCGGCGGCUCCUCUCCUGCAGCUGGAGAAGUGCUGCACCAGGAACAACAGCGCCACCCUGGCCUGGAGGGUAGCUGCGCCCUCUGUCAGCCCCAUCGAGGGCUACAUCCUGGAGCUGGACGACGGCAACGGAGGACAGUACAGGGAGGUGUAUGUGGGGAAGGAGACGGUGUGUACGGUGGACGGCCUUCAUUUUAACAGCUCGUACAAUGCCAGGGUGAAAGCCUACAAUGCCAUCGGUGUGGGGCCGUACAGCAAGACCGUGGUGCUCAAGACCUCUGACGUGGCUUGGUUCACCUUUGACCCCACCACAGCUCAUCGGGACAUUGUUUUGACCAAUGAAAACCAGACCGUGUCCUGCAGCAGCUACGAUGACCGCGUGGUGCUGGGAACGGCUGCGUUCUCCAAGGGCAUCCACUACUGGGAGGUCCGAAUUGAUCGCUAUGACAACCACCCUGACCCUGCGUUUGGCGUGGCGAGGAUCAACACCAUAAAGGACAUGAUGUUGGGGAAAGAUGACAAGGCGUGGGCCAUGUAUGUGGACAACAACCGCUCAUGGUUCAUGCACAACAACUCCCACACCAACAGGGCGGAGGGAGGCAUCACUAAGGGCUCGACUGUGGGCAUCCUGCUGGAUCUAACCAAACACACACUGACUUUCUACGUCAACAAGCAGCAGCAUGGACCGACUGCCUUCGAGAACCUAGAGGGGGUCUUUGUUCCCGCCGUCAGCCUCAACAGAAACGUGCAGGCGACCUUACUGACAGGCCUGGAGUUGCCAAAGAAUACCAAACAGUAGGAACACCUUCCUUGCUCCGAGCGUUCCCUGGAUAGCAACCAUCGAUGUCAUUAGUAGUCCGCGUGGAACUUUACCGGUCACCUUAUUCGGGAUUUACCCGUCUCCCAUCCUCCCCAAGGUGCCCUUUGUUUCGAAUACACUUCAAUGUGAAACCCUGCUCUUAUCAUUUGGGACGAAGGAAUAAAAUCGGGCUUAUAAUUGUCUAUAAAUACAAUGAUUGAAGCGUGUGGACGUCACAACAGAGAUGACUGAAGUUAUUGUGGAUUGCCACACUUGUUUCAUAUCCCCGUGAACUUCAGGAUACUAACGUCAUUUAUGUUAUUGUUCCAGCGUGUGCCACCCAGUGAUUUUAACAAAAAGGAAAAAUACAGCCUGAAAGUUCUCCUUGCGGCCUGAGACUAAACUAAUUGACCCUCUCACUCCGACAGAAUCGAUGAAGAUUCCCAAACUGUGCAGUAAAACGAUCAUCAACAGUCAUACUUUUUCUCUAUUUUGAGAUUUUCAGAGCUUGUAUUGACUACAUUUAAGAUCUACCGUCAGAAAACAACAUUGCAAUCGGUUUUCAAAGUCCACGACAACAAGGUGAUCUCGGGAGGCCAGGGGAAAAACAAUUCGGCAGUGCUUAUUGUUGCUUUGCUUCUCUCUUAGGUGUCC